AUGUUUCGCCUGCUGAGGACAACAACGUAAACGACGCGUGCAGUCAACCAAGCGCCCCUAUUUCCUUUCACUCGAUUCUAUCAUCAUCACGAAUAUACCGCACUAUUAUCUCAAAUAUCGACCUCGAAGUUUGGCGUCGCUCCAAACACUCGUUCCUUCUCAAUCAUCAAAUGGCAGGUCCCACAAGCAACGAGGACGAUUGCCUCGUGGAACGAGCGAUCGCUGCUCUUGAAUCCGAAAAGACCACUUUACUCCAAAGUAUAUUAGAUCAGCGUUUGGCAGAAGACCCGCAAGCUUUCCAACGGGGUGGUCUGGGCGAUGUCCUCAAUAAAGCGAUGGAGCUCGGCCGUUCCGAUAUGGCCCACGAGCUUUUCAAGCGCGGUGCUAGAUGGAACUAUGGAACUAUCGGCGAUGUGCUGGAUGGGGCACGGGAAGAUAAUGGGUGGAAUGUCCAAGCCAUAGACGUGACGCUGGCGCACGGCUGGGAUAUCAACGAGCAUUACGAACAUGUCGGCAAUGCUCUCGUUUUCACGGUGACCUGUGCAGAAGUCGGUUCAGAGUAUCCCAAUGGAGAUAUAGCUUGUCUGAAAGUGGCUGCGCACCUCUUGUCGAGGGGCGCGGACGCGAACGAAACUCAGCAGACAGGCAGUAAUCCCUUGGAGCACGCUAGCUAUAACGGCGAUGAGAGGAUGGUAGCGCUUUUGCUAAAGCAUGGCGCAACAUUGGAGAAAGCUCCCAAAGCGCUUCUCGAGGCAGCGUCUUCUGGCAAUGUAGGAAUCAUGCAAAUGCUGCUGGACCACGGUGCUGACAUAAACGAACACCCCUAUGGAGAAUACACCACACUCCCAUGUCACAAAGAAAGUGAGAGCUGGGGCUCAGCGCUGCAUUGUGCGGUUGAAGGCGGGCACGUUGAAACGAUUAGUUUUCUCUUGAAUAAUGGUGCUUCGAAGGAGUAUAGGAACGCAGUUGGCGUAACGGCUUUGGAUCUGGCCAGGAAAUUGGAAAAACAUGAAAUUGUGCGCCUUCUAGAAUGA